AUGAGAUUUGCAUUGGAAGAUAGCUCAGAUGACGAGUCCAUCUCUUCUUUGGAUUAUUCAAUUUCAUCAGAUGAUGAACUUGACUUGACGCCUUCACGUAAUCCACGCUCAACACUUGGUAGGAACAUCUUAUCAGCCUACGAGACAUCCGAAGACGAGUUGAAUUCCGAAGAUGAAGUCAAUCUGGGAUUAGAUGACGAAUGGGAUGUAGUAAAGACUAAAGCUAGAGAAGGACCUAGCUGGAGGGAGAAGAAGGAAAAAUCAGUGAAGAAGGAUAUCAAAGGAAAGGGAGUAGCAAGGUCAAAGAUCACAUCCACACUGUCAUACAAAGUCCUCACCCCCAAAAAGUAUAUCCCAAUAUCUAGAAAAUCGGAAGAUCUGACGGACGAGAGAGAGGAUCAAUAUGAUCUUUGGCUCAAAACUGCCGAUCAGGAAGCAUGGAGAGACGGUCAAAAACAAGCUACAGAGCGACGAGGUCAAAUAAGAAAUAUAGCUUCCAAUGCUCGAGCGAGAUUACAAUCGCAAGAGCAAGAUAGAUUAGCUAAAGAGGCUGAAGAGCUGAGGAUGAUGAUGGAGGGGAUGACAAUGAAGCUUCAUAAGGAGGGAGAAGAGCUCGAAAGACAAUUCAAGGAACGAGAAAAGAAAUUAUGGGAUGACAUCGAUGCAGCUAUCAAAGAGGUCGAACGACGGGAAGCGGAAUUGGCAGCUGCUACAAUGGCGGCUGUGCAACGUCAAAAAGCGGAAGAGGAAGCUCGCCGAGCACAGGCUGAGAAAUUAGCUUUGGCGCAUAAAGCCGAAGAAGAUAGGAAGGCUAAGGAGCAAGUUGAGAAGGAGAGACAGGCUCAAAUUGCCAAGGAACAGGAGGAAAGAAGACAAUUGGCGGAAAAAGAAGAGGAGGAAACUAAAGCGAAAGUAGCUGCAGAGAAGGAUAGAGCCGGAGGAGAAUGGAGGAAAUGGGUCGAGAAGCAGAAAUGGAUGAAGUUCAAUGUGAUUGAACCAGUCAAAGGCGAUAGAUCCACUAAGACCACUUUAAGAGCCGGUAUGAGGUUGAUGACGAGAGGAUUAGGUCAGGUAGUAAAUACUCAGGAAAGCAUCGUCAGAGUUACGAACGACUUGCAUGCCAUCCUGACUGAACAACUCCCUUCACCUCCUUCACCCGCUUCUCCUGUUAUCCUCAAUGAUGACACAUCUAAACCCUAUGCCUACCUUCUAUCGCACCUCUCGAAAGCUCUCAUCAAGCAAGCUGAGUCUGAAGUGAACGCCAAAGCCGAUGCUGCCUUCCCCUUGGCCCGCAUCGUAUUCGGUCUGAUACUUCGUGGUCAUGCUGCUCUGGGCGAAGUACUGUUUGCGAGAUUCGUCAAGAAGUGCCCUUGGGUCAUCCCGUACUAUCCCACCCGGCAAACUAAUCAACCUCGUGAGGAAUACGAGAAAUCUACGGGCCGCGGUUCAGACGAGUCUCUCGCAGAGUACAUAUCUCGAAUGGCAGGAAUUUGUACUCUAUAUUUCGCAGUUUUGCAAACACCCUUAUCUUCUCUUAUACCUACCUUAUCAGCCCUACCACCGACACCAAGCCAACUGGAAAGCUUGAUUGUACCUCCUUUACGAUUCCCAUCGGCAUGGACAUGGCUCGCUUUGGCAUUGAAAGAUGCAUUCCCUGCCCUUCCUCCGGUCGCUCAUCUGAUAUCAACCUGGAUAGAGAUAGUAGCUCACGAAGCUGUGAACAGGUAUGGAAAAGGUCAGAUGAGCAAGAUAUGGGAGGCGAUCGAAAGAGAGGGGCUGGGUGAGGGGAAGAUUAAGGGUGAUAGUGAAGCUGCUAGACAGAGGUUGAAAUUGGUUUUGGAGAAAUGGAGAAGAGGUGAGGUGGAAGUGCCGAAAGGUAGAGUGUGGGAGUAG